AUGGGGGAUAAUCCGGACAGACUAUAUCGUUUGGAUAGAGUAGCUCAUAUAGCUGGGGUCAUCAACGAAGAGAUUAUGGUUUUGAUGAUAAAUGACGUUGGUAACAUUCCCCAGCGAUGCAUCUCGAGCAUGCGACGGCAGCAGGGCAUACGACUCGACGAGAGGUACGUUCCGUACUUGCAGAUGGCGGGAUUAUACCAUCUUGCGAGACUGAACGAGAGAUGGUUCAGAUUGGAUGAGCCCAUUGUGAGUGCUUUCGUCGAGCGGUGGCAUCCGGAGACGCACACAUUUCACAUGUCAUUUGGGGAGUGCACGAUCACACUGCAGGACGUGGCGUACCAGUUGGAGUUGCCAGUCGACGGACGUUAUGAGUUGCUUGGUGUGUUACCUCUUGCGAACCAAAUCCAGAAGUUUGCAGUGAACUGCAGCUGGUUCCAGGAGACGUUUGAAGAGUGCCCUGAGGGAGCCGACGAGGAGACAGUCAGGCGCUAUGCUCGGGCGUAUAUCAUGAUGCUGUUAGGCACUCAGCUGUUUGCCGACAAGUCCAGAAAUCGUAUUCACAUUAGGUGGCUACCCUACGUGGCUAGGCUUGAGGAUAUGGGUGGCUAUAGCUGGGGGUCGGCAGCACUCGCGUGGUUGUACCGAUGCAUGUGCCGAGUGGCCAACAGACAUGUGGUGAAGCUAGCUGGUCCGUUACAGCUACUUCAGUCUUGGAUCUUCUGGCGCUUUCCUGGAUUUAGACCUGCUGGGUAUGACACGUUCAGCUGGCCCUUGGCCUCAAGGUGGUCAGGUCACAAUCCUUCUGCUAGCGAGAAGGGACCUCGAGUGCAGAUGUGGAGACUAAGGAUAGACCUGUUAUAG